AUGAGGUCUCCGAUACCAUUACCAGAGAUGUUUGACGAGGAUGCGCUUUCUUUUUCGUUCAAACAGCCCCGGGGAAAAAAUGACGCUCCUCAUAUGCGACGGCCCCCAAAACUGCUGCCGCCUUGUAAUCGAAGUAUUAACGCGUCCAUGGCCAGUGUAAUAUCGUUCAGGCUGGACGAAAGCCGAUCCGAGUUGAGUACGCUGUACGAUCGACGCAAACCGGAUUCGUACUACGAGCAAUGCUUCGAACAGCUGACGAAAGUGGGCGAGGGUUCGUUCGGUGAAGUCUUCAAGGUGCGCAGUCGCAUCGACGGACGACUGUACGCGGUCAAGAAAUCGAAAACAUUCUUUCGCAGCUCCCAUAGUAGACAGGUCUGCUUUGAAGAGGUCCGACGGUACGAGCAAUUCUCCGAUCACGAGAACUGCGUGAAGUUGUACCAAGCGUGGGAGCAAGAUGAUCGGUUGUACAUGCAGAUGGAGCUGUGCCGCGAGAACCUGGAGGUGUACGCUCGCGAGCACCAGCAAUUGCAGGAUGAAAAGAUAUGGUCGAUCCUGUUGGACUUAUUGCUCGCCCUAAAAAGCUUGCACGAUCGCGAUCUCAUCCAUCUGGAUAUAAAGCUGGACAACAUACUUGUAACCGACGAUGGCACCUGCAAGCUGGCCGACUUUGGCAUUGUGUUUGAUCUGACCAAGGGGAACACACGGUACGCGAUGGAGGGCGAUUCGCGCUAUAUGGCACCGGAGCUGAUGGAGGGUCAGUACACGAAGGCAGCGGAUAUUUUCAGCCUGGGUAUAGCGACGCUCGAGCUGGCAUGCAAUUUAGAACUGCCGGCAAACGGGCACAUUUGGCAAAGGCUGCGUAGUACACAGCCGUUGCCGGAGAUUCUAUCCCGAAAGAUUUCACCGACGCUGAGGACAAUCAUUCAGAGCAUGAUAAACCCAAAGCCAACCGAAAGGCCCACUGUUGAUAAGUUGCUGCAGCAUCCAAUCAUCCGGAAGCAUCGAGAAGUUCGGUGCCGCCGGCGCAUUGUACUAAAAGCCAAAACAUACGUGUAUCGAAAGGUGUCCAGUCUGACGAAUUUUUGUGUGCGGGUGGUCAUGUGGUUGGUGGCAUGCUUUCGAAUGCAGCACCGGAAGCCAUCUGCAUCGAACGACUCCCGUAACGGUUCGCAAAGGUUCCUUCGACGGAAGCCAACGAACGGUUACCGGAAAUCGAGCCUUAUAUCCGCCGGCUGCUGCUCACGGAGCGGGGUCACUUUGGGCACGUCUCGUUCAUUCCAAGAUCAAUCUUCCGAUUUGGGAGCAAACGAUGAUGACGACCUAGGAGUCGCGUUGGAUAGUAGCGGGUGCACGAACUUUGGUGAAGAAACCGAUCCCGAUUGUACGUCCGCGGGAGAGUCACCACGGAUGGGCAUGUACAAGGAUAGCCUACAGAUUACUCCGACGUUCAACAACUGGAUGCCUCCGAUCCGCACACCGACGAUACGGAUCGUCAAUUCAACUCCCCUCAAUCAUGAUCAUCAGCACCAUUUGCAUUACCAUCAGCUCCAGCGAAGCAAUAAUGCCGGCUCACGGCAUUCAAGCCGUAUUUUAUGUUCGCCCUUCCGUCAUUUAUGGUUCGAGGAAGAUACUAACGAUCUAUCUUUAGGGAACGACACAAGUAGAAGACGAAAUGUUGCCACAACCAACACUAGCUCACCCGUGGUGCGUUCUAACGACAGUGAUAACGAUAUCCACCCACUGAACUCGUCCUCGCACGAUCUGGAAGCUACCGUAGGCGGAGAGGAAGCAUAUGCAGUUCUGCCGACGCUAUCCGCCAACUGUGACCAGUCCAUCACUAGCACACCAAAUUGUUCCUUAAACAAAUCGAUGCAUAGCGGCACCUCCGCUAUGACCUCGUCGUCCGGCUGUGACUCCCCAGUGUCCAUUGGGAUUUCUACGUGUAUGAUCAAGAAAAAGCUACGCUUCAAUGUGGAAGAUGAAUCCGAAUAA